CCACGGACAUUGGUCGGAGUGGUGACACAUUUGUAGCCACAUCCAUCCAAGAAGCCAUCAGCAGCGUGGACCACGCCAUCAACUCAACACGCACCGAGCUCUUCAGCAAACGCCCCAAGACACCCAAUGACUUGUUGGCUCUCUUCCGUUACCCCCGGGACCCCUACACCAUCGAAACAGCCAGGGCAGGUGAGAUCUUUGAGAGGACCUUGCAGCUGAUCCAGGAGCACGUGCAACAAGGUCUCAUCGUGGAUAUGAAUGUCACAGGCUAUCGGUACAACGACCUGGUGUCCCCUCACUACCUGACCAUGAUCGCCAACCUGUCGGGCUGCUCCGCCCACCGCCGCACCCCCAACUGCUCGGAUAUCUGCUUCCACAAGAAGUACAGGACCCACGACGGCUCCUGCAACAACCUCCAGCACCCCAUGUGGGGAGCGUCUCUCACCGCCUUCCAGAGGCUCCUCAAACCCGCCUACCAAAACGGUUUCAACCUCCCCCAGCCCAGGGCCCUGCCCCUUCCUCUCCCUCGCCUGGUCGCCACCGCCAUGGUGGGGACGGAGACCGUCACCCCCGACGCCCAAUUCACGCACAUGCUCAUGCAGUGGGGCCAGUUUCUGGACCACGACCUGGACCAGACGUGCAUGUUCUUCGCCCGCUCCAGCCCCGUCUGCGGCAGCGGGAUGACCUCCCUGCUGAUGAACUCUGUCUACGCCAGGGAGCAGAUCAACCACCUCACCUCCUACAUCGACGCCUCCAACGUUUACGGCAGCACGGAGCAGGAAUCCCGGGAGCUGAGGGACCCGAGCGGCCGGAACGGGUUCCUGAAGCGGGGACGGGUCGUGCCGGGCUCGGGGAAACAUCUCCUGCCCUUCGCCGUGGGGCCGCCCACGGAGUGCAUGAGGGAUGAGAACGAGAGCCCCGUGCCCUGCUUCCUGGCAGGAGACCACCGUGCCAACGAGCAGCUGGGGCUGACGGCCAUGCACACGCUCUGGUUCCGGGAGCACAACCGCCUGGCCGCGGAGCUCGCCGCCCUCAACCCCCACUGGGACGGAGACCUCCUCUACCACGAGGCCCGGAAGAUCGUGGGGGCCCAGAUGCAGCACAUCACCUACGCCCAGUGGCUCCCCAAAGUCCUGGGGGAAGCUGGGAUGAAGAUGUUGGGCGACUACAAAGGCUACGACCCCAACGUCAACGCGGGGAUCCUCAACGCCUUCGCCACCGCCGCCUUCCGCUUCGGCCACACCUUGGUCAACCCCGUCCUGUACCGGCUGAACGAGACCUUCCAGCCCAUCCGCCAAGGCCACAUCCCCCUGCACAAGGCCUUCUUCUCCCCUUUCAGGAUCACGCAGGAAGGUGGGAUAGACCCCCUCCUCCGUGGGCUCUUCGGGGUUCCCGGCAAAAUGAGGGUCCCCUCCGAGCUCCUCAACAUGGAGCUGACGGAGAAACUCUUCUCCAUGGCACACUCUGUCUCUCUGGACUUGGCUGCUAUCAACAUCCAGAGAGGGCGAGACCAUGGCAUCCCACCUUACAACGACUUCAGGGUCUUCUGCAACCUCUCCUCUGCGCAGGAGUUUGAGGACCUCAAAAAUGAGAUCAAGAACUUGGAGAUCAGGGAGAAGCUCAGGAGUUUAUAUGGAACUACCAAAAAUAUUGACCUGUUUCCAGCCCUGAUGGUGGAAGAUCUCGUCCCUGGUACCAGAGUUGGACCAACGCUGAUGUGCCUGUUAACGACACAGUUCAGAAGGCUGAGGGAUGGAGAUAGGUUUUGGUAUGAGAGCCCCGGGGUGUUCACACCAGCACAGCUGACUCAGCUCAGACAGACGUCCCUGGCUCGUGUCAUCUGUGACAACAGUGACCACAUCCAGCACCUCCAGAGAGACGUCUUCCGGGUGGCCUCCUACCCCCAGGGCAUGGUGGGCUGCGAGGAGAUCCCCAGGGUGGACCUGCGCCCGUGGCAGGACUGCUGUGAGGACUGCCAGACACGGGGGCAGUUCAGGGCUCUCUCCCAGCGGUUCCGAAGCAAGAGGUCUCCUGGCUUCAGCUACCCAGAGGAAAACCCUGCCAAGCAUCAGCCUGCCUUCCCCAGAAACGAGGUGCCUGCUCCAAACCCUUCCCCCAGAGAGAACCUCGAGUCCCUCGUGGCUGAACUGGAGAAGACAGUUGCCUCCCUACAGAAGCAGGUGAAUGCCCUAGAGAGGCAGCUGAGGUGGCACCAGAGGAGCAGCAGCACACAUGGCCACGGGAAGAAGACUGGGGACAGAUGGAGACAAAGAUGACCACGCUGC